CGUGACAACAUUUUAGUUCUGUCAGCCUCCGUAGUGCUUCAAAAGGGAGGGUCGAGGGGUGGAGUGAGCUUUAAGAUGCCAACAUAAUCGUUCUUGUUCCAGUACUUUCUCUUCUACUCACAGAGUAUAUUACCAGCCAAAAAAGUGCACGAUUUCUUAAUCUCCUCUUUAAAUCCUCAUUUAUACAGUUGAAACAUACUGUCAGAGGUUUUCGGUGCUUUUUUUCAAAUUUUAGAGUAGUCAGAUUGUUAUCAACAAAAUCCCUGUUUAUGCAGACUCCAUUACUAGAGUUUACUGCUUUACUUAGAGGGUGAUGAAACAUGUUACAAAAUUUCAUAAAAUAUAUUUCAUUUAUUUCACCCAUAAGGCUUUGUGUUGUUUUGAAAACUGCUGAUUGAAGAAAAGCAAAACAGCUGUUGUUCAUACAUCCAGAAGGCAGAAUAAUUUCAUUGUCUUUUAUCUGCUGACUGUAUUUUGCUUGCGCUGUCUAGAGAUAUAUCAUGGCAGGGAUGACAGGAAAUGAAGGAAUCCACACAUUGCCCUGUGGGAUCCAGAGGCCGGGUCCACAUCCUGAGCAGCAGACAGGAGACACGGACAAAAGGGGCAUCCUGAUCCAGCUGACUGGCACAGAGGGUGAAUGGGACAGUCUUGACGACAACGACCUCAUAUUCACCUUAGACUGUGAUGGUCAAAAGUCACUAAGCCCCCUCCCAAAGAAAAGGCCAUGUUCUGUUGACGUUCAGUCUGAAGAGGAUUGCAACUCGCCUGAGUUCACCGUUCCUACCUCCCCCUCUUCGCCGGGCUCCCUCGGCUCUGGCUUCCUAACACCUACCCACCGGCCCUUGGCGAGCCUAGUGAAGUCUUUAUCUACGGAGUUGGAACUAAAGGAGUCCUCUCUAAAACCCAAGCCACUUCUCAGUCUCGUCAAGUCAAUUUCCACAGAGCUUUCCCGCAGCGAGCCAGAGGUGUCUCAAUCCAAGUCUGAUUCCAAGCUCAAUCUGCACCUGUUGACACAAUUCACCCAAUCUAAGAACCGCAACGGUGACUCCCGCACCGCCCCUCCAUCUCCGGUCAACCUGUCCCCUACUGAGCCCAAAGCCAGCUUCUUCAGAAUGGAGCUUGAGGACACUCGACGCAAGUUCUCUGAGGCCAUGCAAGAACCUCUGAGCAUGUUUAGUAAAAUCAUGCGUGAGGACAGUGUUGGCAGCCCUAAGCACCAAAGGAACACCGGGUCAAUGGACUCUCCGAGCUACAAAGGAUUCGGAAUCGGGAAAUCGCUCACAGACUUGACCGUAGGCGAAUCGCCGAAGAACGUAAGGAAGGCAGAUUGUGAGAUACUACCACAGUGCAACUGGCCCGUGAAACACCGCAAACGUUGUGUUCAUAAAUCUUGCUUUGCCCAUGAUGACCACAGUAGACAAGACGACGUUGCACCCAUCAUGAUGGAGUCUAACACACAUGGUACCAUGAUCCAAAACACAAAUACGAAUAAAACCGAUAAGCAAGGUUUGCCAGUAGAUGUUGCAGAGCAAUGUUCAACUCCAAAUGGUCUCAUCUAUGUAGCAUUGCUAUCUUACUGCUACUUUAUCUUACCUAUGUCUUCUUAUUGUUCUGGGCUAUUUUUCGGGUUAGUGUUUGGUUUAAUGUUGGGUCUUUUGCUCAUCCGAUGGGGCUCCACCAGACGCCCUUCCACCAAACAAAAAAGACAAAAUUUCAUCCCUUAUAACAGCAUUGUCUUUGAGCCCCUACAAAGCAAAGCUCCUUGCGUCAAGGGCUGGAUGAACGAAAUGUACGCAUACGAUGUAGAAACCUACCACCCAUCCCUUAUGCACUCUGUGUAUGUCACAUUGGAAGGACCCUAUUUGCGGCUUGACUACCCCCAUAACAACAUUCCCCGCUGGGCUGCCUUUGAUGAGCCCUGCUAUGAGAUGAAUUUCACCCGCUGUCGGAUAUUUACAGUCACUGGCAGCAAGGUAUUUAUUUUGCCAUUGGCUUUGGCACGGAAAAGAGUGUGGAACAGGAAGUAUCCCAUCUGCAUACGUUUGGCUGAAGGAGAGAGAGGUGUGGAGGAGGAGACGGUUGACGGACAGGGGGAGAACCAGAAAACAGAGAAACUCAUUGGCCAUCCUAUUACAAUAUUCCUUUUUGGAAGAACAGGGCGGGAAAAAGAGGAGUGGUUUCAUCGACUACUUUCUGCAUCCUGUUGCAAUGAAGAGGACCAUCGUGAAUCUGUAUUUGAUAAAUCUGCGUUGCAUGUGGAAUGCCCGUCGAGUCUGUCACGUGUUGAUGAAUGUAAGGAGAACAUUGAGGAUGUAUUCCACAGUGACCCGGUUGGCAAAAUAAAGGAGAACAUUUUACCAGACUAUACUUCAUACAUGACCGGUCUCAUCUUCUCAGGAUAUGGCACUCCUCUUACAAGCCCUUGCCAUAGCAGCACCCAAAGCAGUCCUGCUGAUAAAAAGCAGCACAACUUUUGCUGCCAUGAGGAUGAAACAAACCCUGUCUGGUUGAAUGCUCUGAUUGGCCGAAUCUUUUGGGACUUCCUACAUGAGAAGUACUGGGCUGAUCAAGUCGCAACCAAGAUACAGCGAAAGCUGAGCAAAAUCCGGCUGCCUUACUUCAUGGAUGAACUGACCCUCACCGAACUGGCCAUGGGCUCCAGCAUGCCCCAGAUAACAGGCACGUCCCCACCACAGGUCAACAGCAGAGGUCUUUGGUUACAUUUGGAAGUGGAGUACACAGGGGCUCUGCAAAUGAUUCUGGAGACCAAGAUUAACCUCUCCAGACUUGGAAAGGAGGGAGUACUGGAAGCAGACACAGAGUUGGAGACCAUCAAUGAUUUGUCUAGACUCUCAGUGCUGGCUGACAGUGAUGAAGAAUCUUCAAGUGCAGGAUCCUCUGAUGAAGAUGACACUGCUGACACUCAUGGAUCUCUGGCAGACAAGACUCUGUCUGCUGCGGAGGGAGCAGCAGCAGGUGGCAGCACUAGUAGGCGUAUUUUGCGAUUUGUUGACAAGGUUGCUAAAUCAAAGUGCUUCCAGAAGGCCACAGAAAAUGAAUACAUCAAAAAGAAGUUUGAAGAAAUGUCCAACACCCCUCUGCUGCUUGCAGUAGAAGUUCAGGAGCUCUCUGGAACACUUGCUGUGAACAUUCCUCCUCCCCCCACAGACAGAAUAUGGUACAGUUUCUGCUUCCCUCCGAAACUUGAUCUAAGAGUCAGACCCAAAUUGGGAGAACGAGAAGUGACUUUCUGUCAUGUGACUGAAUGGAUUGAAAAGAAGUUACAGGACGAGUUUCAGAAAGCUUUUGUUUUGCCCAACAUGGAUGAUAUUUACUUGCCACUGAUGCAUUCUGGGAUGGAAAAUGUACACCCUGCACAGUUUCCCCCUCAUUCAUCUGUUGCCUCCACAGAAAGGUGUGAUAUGGAACAGACUUCAGAAUUACAGUAG